AUGGGGUUGAGGUCUGGUGUUGUAGACAGUGGGAGAAGGGAGAGAGACAGAGAUGGGGUUGACAGGUCUGGUGUUGUAGACAGUGGGAGAAGGGAGAGAGACAGAGAUGGGGUUGACAGGUCUGGUGUUGUAGACAGUGGGAGAAGGGAGAGAGACAGAGAUGGGGUCGACAGGUCUGGUGUUGUAGACAGUGGGAGAAGGGAGAGAGACAGAGAUGGGGUUGACAGGUUUGGUGUUGUAGACAGUGGGAGAAGGGAGAGAGACAGAGAUGGGGUAGAAAGGUCUGGUGUUGUAGACAGUGGGAGAAGGGAGAGAGACAGAUGGGAUGCUGAUGGGGAUGGUUACCUGAUGAUGAAGGACCUCCACGUCUUAAUGAAGAAAGUCAUAGACUACACGGGCUGGCAGGAGACAUCACCGGCCGCCACAGAACUGUACGAGGUCCAUGUGACAUUCUUCGAAGUUCUUCAUGAGAAAACUGGCGCCACGAAAGACCGAAUUGAGCUCAGUGAUUGGAUGGCGCUAUGGGAGCAUAUGCUACCCGGAUGUAUGGGAAUGCAUAAUUUCCCUAUCUGGCUCCGCCUACUUCCGAAGUCACUGUUCCGGGUGAUGGACACAAAUGAUGACGGGUAUCUGUACACUGAAGAGAUCCGGAAGUUUUACGAGUCGUUUGUGAAGAUUCCUCCACAGGAAGCUGGUGAUCUGGCAGAACAGGCAUUCAACGAAAUGACAGAUUUUGGACAGUAUCCCUUAACACUGGAAAGUUAUGAACAAAUUUUUGCCAAUUUCCUUUUGGGAAGGACAAAAUACGGGCCAGGUCGACAUAUAUUUGGUUGUUUCAAGCAUUCUGCUAAAGGGUAUACUCUUAUUUCUGGGCCACCGAAAGACGACGCCAUAAUUGAAGUCACACCGAAAAUUCCCGUUAGAAUCCCGCAUGCCAUUAGAACUCCGAUGCGAACUUUCCGGAGGGAAUAGUACUGAAAGUCACGUGAUAUCUACAUUGUCAUUGAGAGAAUGACAAGGCAGCAUUUAACUAUCAACAUUAAUUUCGAGAAUAAAGAACAACAGGAAAUACGUGUCUUAUAAAAACAAAUCUCUAACACAGAUACCUAUAUACUGAUUAACACUGUACUGACUACGUGUCUUAUACAGAAUAUCACUGAUUAACACUUUACUGACUACGUGUCUUAUACAGAAUAUCACUGAUUAACACUGUACUGACUACGUGUCUUAUACAGAAUAUCACUGAUUAACACUGU